AGGCUUGCCUCCAAGCGGCUUUGGCUUGAACGACUUUUUCUAAGUGGAGGCUGGCCUGACCACAGUAAAUGGACGCACAUAAAGUUACGCAGACCUUUUGUUUCUCGACACAUUUUGAAACACAUCUUUUCCCAAACUUUGCACUUACAAUAGAUGGAUUACUAGGAUAUUUGAAGUUUUUUUGUUUUUUUUAGCAAUGCACCAGUUACAUCUUACAGUGUUUGGAGCGCCAACUAAACCCAGUUCUCCGCAGGAGCUGGAGCUGGAGAAGCUGUCUCUGGUUGUAUAACUUCUGCACGACCUUCUCUUCUUCCUCUGCCUGUUUUUCAGUCUUUGGAGUCCGAAACGCAGUGGAUAAACGUGACGUUACGAUUUAAGCGAAUAACGUAACUUCCAAACUUCCCGUUGACGUUUGCAGCUGAAGGAUUUCGGGCUUUGGAGAUACAAAAUAUCAGUGUGAAUUUGGAAAGGAAUGCUGAGCAGAAGAGCCGCAUGGAGAGAUGAGGAUGCUUCUAUCAUGGCACUGAAAGGCACUUUAGCAGUUUCUGUGGUUCUGAUUUUUUGCCUUUGUUCCGUUUUUACUCACGAACUCAAUCCAAAGGGCAGGAAUGUGUGCAAAGCUCCAGGGUCAUCAGGGUUUGUGUGCUGCAGCGGAUGGUCACAACAAGGCGAAGAGUGUUUAACACCUCUCUGUCAGGGUAACUUCACUUGUAAUGAGAAUGAGGUGUGUGUACGACCGAACGAGUGCCGCUGUCGUCAUGGGUAUUUUGGGGCAAGCUGUGACACAAAGUGCCCGGCUCAGUUCUGGGGUCCCGACUGCAAGGGCCUGUGCACAUGUCACCCCAACGGUAAAUGCGACGACGUGACCGGGAAAUGCACCUGUUACCCCAACCGCUGGGGAGCAAACUGUGAGAAACCCUGCCAUUGUCAGAAAGGGAAGUGUGACCAGGAAACUGGGAAAUGCACCUGCCAUGCGGGUUACUGGGGAGCGCAGUGCAACAACAACUGUUACUGCAGCAUCAACUCGGUGUGCGAGCAGACCUCGGGACGAUGCAUCUGCAAUCCGGGCUGGUUUGGCCGUAACUGCGGGGCGCAGUGCAAUUGCAACAACUCGCCCUGCGAGCAGUUCACGGGCCGAUGUCAGUGCAGGGAGAGACUCUGGGGUCAGCGCUGCGAGCGCUACUGCCAGUGCGUCAACGGGAAGUGUAACCCGGCCGAUGGUUCGUGUACCUGUAAACCCGGAUACAGAGGGAAGCUGUGCCGCGAACCGUGUCCAGCUGGGUUCUAUGGACAGAACUGCAGAAACAGGUGCGGUCACUGUAAAGGCCAGCAGCCCUGUAAGGUCACGGAGGGUCGAUGUGUGACAUGCGAGAGCGGUUGGAAUGGAACUAAAUGCGAUCAGAUGUGCGCGCCGGGUUUCUUCGGAGAGAACUGUAUGAAUGAAUGUCCACCGUGCAAAGACGGUCACCACUGCAACCGCAUGGAUGGCAAGUGCUCACACUGCAAUCCCGGCUGGAUCGGAGAUCGCUGUGACGUGCGCUGUCCCAACGGCACCUACGGAGAAAACUGUGAGAAAGAUUGCAGCCAUUGUUUCAAUGGAGACUGUCACUUCGCCACAGGAGAGUGUCUGUGUGACCCUGGAUUUUACGGGACAUACUGCAACCUGACAUGUGAAUUCGGUCAGUUUGGAGUGAACUGCGCCCAGACCUGUCCGUGCCACGACAAGAACUGCAACCCGGCCUCAGGGGCCUGCAAUCUAUAUCCUAACCAGCGGAUGGGAGUUAUAGCUGCAGGAACAUUAGUGACGUUCCUGUUUAUCGUCCUUCUCUCCCUGUUGUGUUGCUGUUUCCUCUGUAGUAACAAGAACAAUCGCAACGCUGACCAGGAAAACUCCACCAACAGCAAGAAGGCCAAAAUAAUCCUCUGUGGUGGGUUCAGUCGAAUCAGCACCAAACUUCCCCGAAUCCCUCUUAGGAGACAAAAACUACCUAAAGUCGUUGUCACCCACCAUGAUCCAGAAAACACCUUCAACAGUAUUAUCGAGCCGCCCUCCGUGGUGGACCAACCUUCUCCUUCGUGGUCGUCCCAGGAGUCCUUCUCUUCCUGCGAGACGAGCGAAGACGACCAUCAUUACUCCCUCCCACCCGAAGAAUCUAUGAAUGACAGUUGUGAGAAAGGAAGUGCUGCUCAAGAAAACUCAUCAACACCCCAUGAAGAUGAUGCAGGAGAGUACACGUCCCUCAAAGACACCACAAAGCCGUCUGUUAAUGACGGUUCCGAGCAGCCACUCCUGAAGUUCUCUGACAGCGAGGGGUCCACCAGCGGUUCCGAGUCCACCAUGGGCGCCGUUUACGCUCAUAUAGCCCGUCUUUCAAAACACUCCAAAGAGGAGGAGGAAAGUUUGGCACCGGAGGUCAAAGGUAACGGCAAAGCACCAUCUCCAGAGAAGACAAAACCUCGUCCUCCUGACCCUUCAACCAAACCGAAGAUAUCUUGGAUCCACGGAACAGCUGGAAGCAACCAAUCAGAGCAAGGCCAGACUCCGACAGCGCAAAACGAGAAGAAGAGCUCUGGAAAGGUUGAUGAGAAACAGAGGUCAAAAGAGAAGUCGAGCAAGAACGCUGAGAAGCAUCAAGACAGCAAGAAGGCCAAUGGAAACGAAUCCCCAAGCAAAAGCAAAGCCUCUGAAACCAUAGAGCACCUCAAUGGAACAUUCCAAAAUGCCUGGAAGAAGAUCGGCAACUUCCACUCGGACAAGAAAGCCAACGACACCAGCAAAGAUCCGCCCAAGAGUCCAAAACUCAUGCAUCCGCACAUGAACUCCGAGGCUGCCACCCUACUGGCCGCUCAGCUGAAAGAGAAGACCCAGAGCCUAAAUCGAAAUGAGGGUCUCACGGUGGGGGUCAAAUCCAAUGGCGUCUCGACCCCUCAAGUCAACAAAGAGAAACCGACCCCACCUCAAAAGACCAAGCGUUCUGUAACGGGGAGCAACAAACCCCUCCUGCCUACCUCCAGUAACCUGCAGAAGAUGGUGGCCCCUAUUUCAGACUCGACCCCUGAGCCUAAAAGUCCAGAGAAACAGGGGGUAAACGGGACCAAGGUAGAAGUGGAAGGCGAUGUCACACCAAAGAAAACGCCCAUCAAGAAACCACCGAGGAAAAAAGGAAAGGAGGGAACACUGGAAACGGAAAGCAAAACCACUCCUAAGACGGCCAUUAUGCCACCUCAGACGGUCAAAUAGAGAGGAGCUCUGCUUUAAAACUGAUCCUCACACAUUUCUCUUACUUCUAUGCCAUCUUGGAUUUGUUUUUGUUUUCCGAGCUCAUCUCAGUGCAUUCUGGGAUUGAUCUUGUGUGAAGAAAGCGUGAUGCUGCCUUUCAAUUAGAUCUUUGUUCUGGAAUAGACUUCGCAUCAGCAUGCAUACGACGCCUUAAUACUAGACAUCCGAUUCUUUUUAUCAGACUUGUUUCAUCCAUUUUUUGAGAACUUGUGACACCUUGUGCAGGAUUUCCUAUCUUUAGGAAUUGGACGAUGGACGAUGAACGAGCUGCUUAUAGGAUUUAUUAUUUUGAAGGAUUUUGGUUCUCAUUAAGUCCUGAAAUCGGAAACAACACUUAACUGCAAUGACCGUACAGGUAAAUAAAGGAAGAUUUUGUGUAAUAAGCUUAUUCCCUACACUUUCGGUUUUAUCUACACCAUGAAGAAAAAAUUUGAACAAGACUUCAUGUUUUUGAAGGUUGAUUUGGUAUAAAGAACAAACCCAUGAUACUGAAGCGGUACAGGAUUGAUGCAAAAAUAUGUUUUACUCUUAUUUUCUCUCAGGCUUAUGUGUAUGUUCUAUACAAUACGAGUGAUAUCAAAUCAGGAGAAUUCACUGUUUUGAUUCUAAGAUAAUGGUCUGCUUUCAUACGUUGUAUAUAAAAAUAUGCAGUUUAGCCAAAGACCAGCAUUCCCCCAUCCAUUCACAAUGGAACCACAUGAAGGUUCAUGUAUUACACGUGUGUGUCUGUUCUUAGUGUUCAGUAGUUUAGAUUUCAUCUUGUCAGGUUAGAUAUUUUUGCCAAAUUCAACUCUGAAUAGGAUACUGGUUGGCCAGCAGCUUAGACCAGCAAAACUACCUUUGUUAGUUUGGUCAAGCUGAAGAUUUGCUCGUCUCAUUUUAGCUCUUAGUAGUUAACAACUGUUCUGUUGUGUCUGUCUUUUGCCAAAACCAGAGCCAUAGAGAGAGAGUCACGUCAACUUCGUUCACUUAAAUGGAACUCUUUUUUUUCACAGAAAAACAGACCGAUUGGGAUGAACUUUUAACACAUUUAAAGGCGCGAAUAAAAAGAAUUAAAAGACAUAAACAACUUCAUGGAACUAUCUGAAGGCUCCAUGAAUCAUGUGACGCUCGAGAAUUUUGAACUUCCGUUGACGCGACUCUCUCUCUCAACGGCCCUGGCCAAAACGAUCAGUUAUGUGCAUUGUGAUCCAAAACCAUGGCUUGUAAAAUUCACCUGCCGUUAGCAACAUAAUUUUUCAUCUGACAUUGCAAAUACUUUCGCACAUCAGCUUUGAAUUUCUUGGUCAUAUUUGGAUAAAGAACUCCAACUCUUAAAUCACCAAUAAUGCUUUUUAUCCAUACAAAUUACUUUGUAGCAUCCUGCAAAACUUUACCAAAUCAUUCUUUGAACAACUUAAUGCAUAAAAAUACCUUUUGUGAAAAUACCAACCAGCCAUAUAUCAUUUUUUUAACAGCAUUGCUUGAGUUGAAAUAUCUGUUAAGAGAUUGUAAUUGUCAUGUCAUAUAAUACUCUUUAUUAUAUUUUGCAGUAUUGUUGUAUAUUAGCAUUAUGAUAGGACAUGUGUUAUAGAAGUGUUAGUUUGGCUUUCAAAUUUGUUUACUACCGAGUUAUGGACAGCAAUGCUGUGUUGUCAUCGGUUUUAGGAUAGAAACAAGAUGCCAGUAUUAAGCAACGAAGUCAGUGGUUCUCAAACCCGGGGCCCCAAGAUAGAUCCAGUAGGGCCAUAGAUUUUGUGGCAUUUUAUGAAAUAAAGCAAUAUAUCAAAUUUUAUGCAAUCAAACAUUAGACAAAUAAAACCACCAGCCAAAAGAAUUGAUGUUCCAGCAUUGUAUAACUGAAUG